CAAGGCCCGACCAAGUUGCUCUCCCUUUAUUGGGGUUUAGGGUUGGUGGCAACCAGGAGCCAGGGAAGAGGCCAGUAGCUGCAGGGAGACCGCAGCCAGCAGGGAAGGCUUCUGGUCCCUCAGUCACAGGGCUUGGCAGGCAGCUCUGGACGGAUCAAUGCAAGCCAAACGAUGACCAGUUGUGGCCAGCAGUCCUUGAACGUGCUCGCCGUCCUCUUCUCGUUGCUGUUUUCUGCAGUCUUGUCUGCACAUUUCCGGGUCUGUGAACCGUACACAGACCACAAAGGCCGCUACCACUUCGGCUUCCACUGCCCCCGGCUCUCGGACAACAAGACCUUCAUCCUCUGUUGUCACCAUAACAACACGGUCUUCAAAUACUGCUGCAACGAGACGGAGUUCCAGGCGGUGAUGCAGGCAAACCUCACGGCCAGCUCCGAGGGUUACAUGCACAACAAUUACACCGCCUUGUUGGGAGUGUGGAUCUAUGGCUUUUUCGUGUUGAUGCUGCUGGUUCUGGACCUUUUGUAUUACUCGGCAAUGAACUACGACAUCUGCAAGGUCUACCUGGCACGGUGGGGCAUCCAGGGACGAUGGAUGAAACAGGACCCCCGGCGGUGGGGGAACCCUGCUCGGGCCCCUCGGCCAGGGCAGCGGGCCCCACAGCCGCAGCCUCCCCCAGGCCCGCUGCCUCAAGCCCCCCAGCCCGUGCACACGCUGCGGGGAGAUGCUCACAGCCCACCGCUGAUGACCUUCCAGAGUUCGUCUGCCUGAAAACCCUUUUGCUGUGCCUCAGGAUGGGGGAGAUGAGAUCUGAAGCACCCAGUGCAGCCUCCGAGAAGAACAACUUCUACAGAGAUGCCAGGGACAGCCGAGGUAGUGGCGGUGGCAGAGGAAGAAAUGCUGCCUGUGCCCAAAACCCUCUUCCGUGGACUUCUAAGAUUAGGAGCAAACUCAGGGGUAGGGGCUGGGGGUGCCGGGGAAAGGAUUCUGAGCCACCUGUCCGCAAGCAAUAGUCCUAUUUUGGGCUGGUGGCUUCUGAGAGGUGACUCAUUGUGGACUCAGGAUGACCAAGACGAAGCAACUCUGGCUGAUUCCAGCUAGGAGGAUUGAGGUCUGUGAGUUAUACCUGUGGUUGAAAACUGUAGCUUCCCUUGCCCCAGCUCCCUCCAAUAGUGGCCCCUUGGGGCUAUUUGUGUCAGAAUAUUGGGUGUGCGCGUGUGUGAUUUGGGGUGUUCUUUUUGGUUGGUUGGUUUUUAUUGGGGCUUCCCCCUCAAGUUCUCUGAUGGGCACGGGUCACCCUCUAGCUGGGGGUUCUGAUCAGUGUCAAUGUCCAGGCCGCAAGCUUCUUGCUAAAGCACAGGGUACAGCCCCUCUGUGUCUCGGGGAGGCACGGGGGAUUUGAAAAUGCCGGUAGGGUUGGUUCUUACAGAAUUCAUUCCUGUAACAAUAGUAAUACUAAGGGAGGCAUCUCAGGCUGACCACAGGUCAGGUACCAAGUUGAGUGUUUUCGUGCACUCUCUCACCACCUGGGAGGCAGGUAUGAUUAACCCCUUGCAGAAAAAGCUCACAGUGGAGAAGGGGUGCCCAGGGCCAUGUGGCCAGGAGGAGACCAACCCCUCGUUUGAUCUCAGGGGUGCAGGAACCCAGAGUCCAGGCUCCAACUCCCUGGACAUGACGUGUUCCCCAGCCAGGGCACACCCUGCACCAUGCCAGGAGCAUCUCCUUGAUGCCUCCACAGGCCAUCUCCCUGAGUUCUCCGCCAUCACCGCCUGGAGUGCUGAUCCACUCAGCACAUUCUGGCUAAGCACCUGCUGCGUGCCAGGCCCCGUGCUGGGCAGUGAUGGGGAUGAAAGAUGAGUCAAACUUGAUCUCUGCCCCUGGGGAGCCUCCCGUCUGGUGGGAGACACAGACACAGGGCUCUUUGCUGGACAGGGUAACGAGGCUACAGAAACCCAAAGAGGAGGGUUCUAGAAAUCCAUCCACUUUCAAGUGGGACUUCCAUGUAAACUUCGAUGCCCGUAACAUCCACCCACAGAGCUAAUCACCUCCACUCCUGCCCCGUUGCACCUAUGAGAUGGCAUCACCUAAAUGAUCACAAACAUCUCCAAAGGCCAUGCUGCCAGUGUAGAUACACACAUUCCAUGGGCGUUAGUGAUUCCAGACCUCCCUCAGCUCUUAGCUCGGGAGGCUCUGCUUAAUAAACGUGUGUGUCCUCUGAUCCAGUUUCCUCAUUUCAUCAGACCUAGUGUGCUCACACUGACCACCCAUCCAUUCACCAGACACGACAGUGAACAAGGCAGGUCCCUGCUCACUGUGCUGGCUUUCUAGCUGGGGCAAGACAGUGAAGAAGGCAGAUGGCAAGGGCAGUGAGUGCUCUGCUGGGAACUCAGUUCGAGGGACACGUGAGUGAGACACUUGUGGACCUGGGGUGGUCUGGAAAGGCCUUCUUGAGCAGAUGAUUGAAGCCCGGAUUUGAAUGACACACAGGAGCCAGUAAUGGGCAUUAAAGAUAGGAAAAGAGCAUUUCAGACAGAAGGAAUGGCUAGUUCAAAGGCCCUGAAGCAGCCAUAAUCUUGAUGGUUUCAAGGAAGCAUAAGAAAGCCAGGUGGCUAGGACCCAGAGGAGCUGAGGGCGGGCGAGCAUGCCCAGCUCUGGGCUCUGCUGUGAGUCAAGCUGUGUAAACAAUGCCCUGCCUUUGGAAAAGCAGAACAAACUUGCUAGGGCAUAAAGCAUCCCCCAUUCUGCCUGGCUCUCCGUCCUCUCAACAGCCCCAUGAAGAAGGAACUCUCCCCAUUUUAUGGAUGAGAAGACAGACUCAGCCAGGUCAAGUGGCUUGCCCAGGGUCACACAGGCCGGCUGUGGAAGACCCAGGCCCCUGGCUUCAGUCUUUGGGUUCACCUGUCUCCUCCAGGCAGUGCUGGCAGCGGUAUGCCAGGCCUACAGCUUGGCAGAGGCAAAGUGCAAGAACUUCUGCUUGGGGUCUCAGUUGGAGAAAGGCAUGGCUUCCUCUCCCCUGAUGUGAGCCAUCCCAGGGCCAUGUUGCCAUAAGGGGGUGCACAGCCUGUCCCAUGUGCGGUGCCUCGGAAGGCAGAGGAAGCCUUGGGGUGGGGGGCCCAAGACCCAGAUUCUGACAUCAGCUCUGCCACUGAGAACAAACAGCGUAACCUCAGGCAAGGUCUGUUACCUCAGUUUCCCCAUUGGUAAGAGGAAGGACUCAGAUGGGUAUUUACGGGCUUUGAAGCCCUUGUGUCCUGCUGUCCUGGAUGAUGCUCUGCAGGUGCUUCCUCCACCAAAAAGGAACUGGUGGCCUUGCCUCCCUCUCCUGGACACCUGGGGUCAGAGGUCACUGCCAAAUAGACAGUUAGAGCUGGGGUUCACUUAAGCAUCCCUUGAGAUUUACAACCUUCUAGGAGGACAUUCCUCCUGAAAGAGGUCUUUUCAGGAAUAACUGAGAAACCCAUGGGGUUUGUGGUCCUACUGCUCUGCCAAGUCCCUCUUGGGCAGCUGGGCUGAGGACUGGAACAUUCUGUGGCAAGCAGGAGGUCUCAGCAGAGAUCACCAAGACUCAGCACACCUGGCAUAGAUAGCCUGCGGCAAAGGCAGGUACAGACAGCUACAGAACCCUCCUCCCCACAGGUCACCCCCACGAGUCACUUAACCUCUCACAGCCUCUGCUUCUUACCUGUCAAGUGUGUGAGGUGGGGCGCCAGGGGGUCACGGUACUUGCUGUCUCAUGGAGGAGGUGAGAACGGUGUGCACGUGGGUAUGAACACUCGGUGUAGAAAGCAGGUGUGGGUAUUCAAUUCCCCAGUGGUGUCAAGGGCUCCUCAAAACGCCGUGGGUCCCCACGUCAUUGUGAUAAACACUCCCCAUCCUGCUGUGGUUGUGGCUGGCAGGUCCUUCAAUGGGUAGAGUGUCUCUGAGAACAAGAUGGAUGCAGGGUAGUGACAAGUUCAAGCAUAGAUUUCUAGAGUUAUCGUUUUGUAGCAACUUCUCAACCUGAUUUUUUAAGCUGCCUACUUUUACUUUUACUGUGAGCUUCUGUCCAUAACCAUGUAAUUUGUAAUAAUACAAAAAAACACGAGAGAAAGGACAAGAUGUCCACAGAGGAAUCUGCAUUCGAGGCUGCUUUGCAGAACUACCGCAUUUGUAAGGACUGUUUCCCACUGGGAACUGUGUGAUUCAUGAGCAGUUUUAUGCUUUCUCCCUCGUCUGUGUACGGUGUGAUUGCUGUGUGUUUCAGAAUCUCUAUUCAGAACCAAUAGCUCGUAGUGCCUGCUGGCUCGCUGCCCUCACGUUAGCCUCUGGACGUGCCCUGCACCUAGAGAAGCAGCCUGCUCACCUGCCUUGCCUGGCCCCUCCAGUUGCCAGGCCAGUACCUGACCAUGACCAUUGCUGAUGUGCAACGGGCCUUAAUUGAAAACACACACACACAAGUUCACACAUGCACACACGCAUACAUGCACAUGAAUACAUGUGUGCACAACCAGCUGUGCAUGCACACGUGCAUGGACACGUGCACAUGCACACACACAGGUGAUUUCACAGGUAGAUCUGGUCCCUCUUGCUGUCUCCAAUGUUCUAGAAAGCAGCAAGUAGGCAGCUGACAGUGUUCCCAGCGUGGGUGGCAUCUCCCCUCAUCAUCAGAAAGAUUCAGUCAAAUUUGGCCCAGAGCUGAAGAGAAGGACUUGGGACUGUCAGAGAAAACAUGACCAGGAAUGGGGGUUAACAGGCUUCUUUGGCCAGGAGAUGGUUCCCAGUUCACCAUCAACCCAAAAGCUCUCUUCAGGUCAUGUCAAACAGACCAGGGCUGUGGGUAUGGUUCAGCCUGGCACUGACUCGCCCACAGGCCACUGUCCAGGUCAGGUCAGGAUUCCAGCCUGGUGUGGCCACACCCUUUACAUCCCUCCAGCCGCUGUCCCUACCCAGGCCCCUCCGAUGGCUUGGCUGCCUUCACAGUCACCAUGUCUAUUAGAGACUGUGCCAUUCAAAGAAACAGGGUUCCCGGAGGUGCAGACUUGUAAAAUUUUUUAUUGGCUUAUUUUAAUUUUUCAACUUGGCUGAACUGGUCCCCAUCAACAGGAAGAGCCUUCAGAAGUGAAUUUACCCCAUGUUUGAAAUUAACAUAACAUGAACCCAGGAGGCAGAGCUUGCAGUGAGUUGAGAUCGUACCAGUGCACUCUAGCCUGGGCAUGAGUGAGACUGUCUAGGUAGGUAGGUAGGAAGGAAGGAAGGAAGGAAGGAAUAACAGACCUGGAUGGAGUUAUUGCAAACAUGUCUUAUCAAUGUUGAAGGGCCACCCAUCACUAUAGGGACACAUCCACGUGGGUGUUUUUGUCUGCUGUGAAAAUCUAGGGUUAGAAUCGUGGAAGCAAACGGCAGGGAAUCUUCAUCAUCCUGCUCACGUGGUGGGCAUCAGAUGGUAUCUGCCUGGCCCCCAUAGCAUCAGGAUAGUCGGACAGGCCAUCAGUGGAUGGUAUUCUGAUCACCACCCUUUGCAGUCCAGGAAUAUAUCACUGGGCUGGGGCCAAGCCCUGUGCCCUCCGGAAGACAAGCCUGUGCACUUUCUAUGUGCCAGAUGCCAUGCACAGUGCCCUAGUUCCUGUAGCACCAACACAUCCCACACUGGUGCUUAAGUGCACGCAAACAACGUUGGGGGCUGUGGCCCGAAAAACUCCAAUGUUAAAGUUGAGCAGUCAGGCGAACUAGAAGAGGUCAGGACCCUCCUAGAAAACCCACUGGAUGAUGCGCGUUUCCCUCACCUAUUCAGCAGAUACUUGCUGAACGCCUGCCGCUUGCCUGGCCCGAGACCCAGGGCCCAUCUGGGAGCCAAUCCUGCUAUAGCUGGGACCACCUGUGAAAUGACUAGUUGUGCCUAACAGACAUGCUUAGAUUCACAAAAUGAAAUCAGAACACUUACCUGUCCUACCCAUGAAAGUGACCUUGGAGGUAUCAUUGCCCCCACCACCCCAGUUUCUAGUCCAAGCUCCUGGCCAAUAGCUGGUGCUAGAUAGAUGCUUGAUGAAUGAGCAGGUUUGACUAUUAGUUACUCUUAACCUAAACUCCUAUCUUCACGUCAAAGCCCUGACAGAUUUGCCCUUGACAGACUGAAAUCCAGGGCUGCUGCAGGGUUCACCUCCAGGAGGCACCAUUCAUGAUACCGUCCCAUAAAUGGUAAUGGGCUCCCAGGGAUGCUGUUUAUAUAGACUGCACUGAGAACGGUGACCCUUGGGUUUGUACAAUGAGGUACCCUGUUGAAUGACCCUAAACCAGCCUCCAAAAUGUGCAGCCUCCAAAAUGUGACAUUGGUCAGCACCAACCCUGAGCACAAGAUCAAAAACUGUAGAUGACAUGGCCACCCUGGCCACAACUGGAACCAAGCUGGUGGCCCGAGAGAGAGCCUCUUUUUGGAAUUGCACGUCAGUUUCUCAUACCCAGUUUCCUCCUAUUUUUCCCCAUUUCCCGUUUUAAAGCUAGUGACAUACAUCACAGUCAAAUAACCAAGUGGUCAGUGUCUGGACGAUGUGCAGUAACGAGGUGGGGGCUGCAAGAGUGAGGGGCUCAGUCACCUUAACAAGGCAGGAAACCUCCCACAAAAGGCGGAUGUGUCCUCCCCAGGGCCAGCCAGACAAGGGCACGCAGCGGCAGGGGUGGGGGAUGGAAAUAUUUUCUCUCCUGUAAACUGACUUCAUGUGAGCAGGCAUGGAGUCUCUCUGAAAGCUGAUAACUGGGAAAACCAAAAACCAAUAAUAUUCCUAAUAAUAAUACUAGAAUGUAACAAUAAUAAUGUGUUUUUCACUGACCGCUGUUGCUCUGCUUUUGUCUUUAUAUACAGUAGUUUUUAUAACAAUGUCCCUAGGUUUUAAUAAAGGAGUGUCAUGUCAACUGUUCC